AUGUUUCGGCUCAGUGCAAGCGUCAUAGGGUUAAGGUCUCAACCAAGCAUUUUACUUAUUAAUAGAAAGAUAAAGAUUAUACAUCCAAACUUUUUCCGAGCUUCAAUCUAUAGUUAUUUAUACAAACCCGCCUUCCUAUUAAGCGGGGUGCUUGCUUUCUCUUUUGGCUACAGUAAACUUGCAUUAAAUGAAGAAAAUAUUAAAAGUUUCGACUCUUUUAAACAUUCAGAGAACGCACAGUUAUUCAUAGAUGAGAUUGAAAAAAUAGUUGACAACCCAUCCCGCAAUGUUAUAAAGUCUAUUACACGCUCAGCACAAGAGCCUUACGUUAGAGGUAUCCGUUUGGGCCACGGCUUAGCUGUGGCUGUCAUUAAACCCGGAAGCAUUAAGGAAGCAGUUGAAGUGCUUAAAGCCUGCGUUAAGUACGACAUAGCCGUAAUACCUCAAGGUAAAAACACGGGCUUGACAGGGGGAUCCGUACCUAGAACUAAAGCAGAUAGAGAAUUUGCAAUUAUAUCGUUGACCCGGUUAAACAAGAUUAUUCCUAUAAAGGAAACAAAUAAAAAUGUAAAUCAAGUUCUGUGCUACGCGGGUGCAGGAAUUUACGAUUUGGAAUUAUUUUUAAAACCUUUUAAACGCGAGCCUCAUUCUGUGCUGGGCUCUAUUUUUUUAAAUCCGACUGUUGCUGGUGGAGUAGCUUUCGGUUCUGGAGGGACGCACGUAAGAAAAGGGCCAGCCUACACCGAGAGGGCGCUGUACUGUAGAAUAGACGAGCGCGGGAAAGUCCAAGUGGUAAACCGCCUCGGCUUGAAAAGUGAGGAUUCCUGGGAAAACGUCGUCGCCCUUCUCGAAUCCUCCACGUCACUAGAAACAAGAGACUUCCAAACUUCUCUAAAAGCACACGACUCGCAGUACAAAUACAAAGUGUGCGAGCUCAGUGACGAGGUGGCCCGGUUUAAUGGCGACACAAGUGGUAGCAGCGAGUGCGUACGAAGCGAGGGAAAAGUUAUGAUAUUGGCCACCAUUCACGAUGCCUUCCCUUUACCCGAAAAAAAGAGCGUCUAUUGGAUUGGAUGUUCCAGUUUCGCACAGGCCAGCGAAUUAAAAAGAACGGUUGUCGUGUCGUCCGUCCAAAACCUGCCAAUAUCUUGCGAGUAUCUAAACAAAGACGCUUUCGAUGUCACCGACCAAGCUGGCCGGAUUCUCGUCCAAGUCAUCACCGUAUUAGGCAUCAAGCGACUCGGCUUCCUGUGGGACCUCAAGGCUAAGCUCGAAGCGCUCCCCGCCUGUGCGGAGGGGGUCUCCGACAAAGUCCUCUUCUACCUGAACUUCCUCGUUCCCCGGCCCUUGCCUAAAAAAUGCUAUCUUAUUGGUCGAUGCUCCUUCCUUGGGGCAAGCCGGCUUCCACUUUAUUUUCUGAACAGGCAAAAACUAUGA